UCUCAGUCCGAGUCGGAGAAUGAGGACUGUUCUGCUUUAACUUUUCGCCGUGGGUACAGGUUUAAAGUGUAGGGGACGCGUUUUCUUACAACAUAAAAAAGUGGCAAUUUUCUGGAUAAUUUACCAACAACUACUUCAAGGUUCCAACUUUAGUGUGAAUCUCUUCAAAUGCUUCUCGUUUCAAGCCACGAGAGGUUGUUUACUAAAGAAGACACAAGGAAAAUGAUAUUCUGAUAGAUGCAUGAGGACACAAUGGAACCCCCCCUUUUUUUGGAUUAAUUAAUAGAUGAGCUAGUUUUUCUGUCUGUCUUUGCAAGUAAACUCCUGAUGCAUUCACCAAUGGAGAACUCUGGGUGAAUGGACGCUAGCCUCCUCUCAUCAUGCUGUCUCUGGGGCUGGAGCAGCGCAGGCGAGGGGGCACUGAGGUUGAGCAUCUGCAAAAACAGUCCACUGGUGCCUGGCAGGCCCACCAAUCUAGAAGGCAUCCUUCUCAUGAUCACGGCAUGAACAUCAGGCAGAAGAUCUCCCAGUGGGAAGGUCGCACUCAGCAGUGCAGCAACUGGAAUGCCGGGGUGAAGGCACAUCCUCCAGUUGUAUCCCGAAGUCUUUCUGGGGAUGUCCUCGACAAUGGAUUUCGCAUUGAGAAAUCGAAGGGGAGCCAUCAAACUACAGUUUUUAAAGCCAAGAGUCUGGGUUUAGACUUUCGGGAGGUUGGCAGCAAGUUGGAACCUUUGAAGAAUCAUUCAACCAUAACUCCAGGAAGUAAGCAACCCGUGGCAUCCAUAUUUGCAUCGCCUAAAAUGGAGGCCAAUACUGCUAAGCCUAAACAAACCUCAACUGCCAAUGGGGAUAAAAUGAUCAAUAACAUUUUGGAUGUUGAAGUAGUUUCUAAACCUCUACCUCUGUCAACUGACGACCAAGAAGACUGCAUGCCUGCUGGGAACUUUUACACGUCAAGGGGAUUCUGGCGGUGGCUUGAGGGGGACAAAUUAUUUUGGGAGAAAGGCAGAAGGUCUUCAGGUGAAGUUCCACCUCCUACUAAACCUCAACGGACAUUCCUGUAUCAGGGCAGCGACAACAACACUCGGCAAACAAUUCGAUGGGACAGCCCAGCAAAUCACAGUAACCACUCCAACAAGAAGAGUACGAAAAUAGCCCAACCACCGAACUUCCCACCUCCUCCGUGUCCUGGUGUGAAGAGCGAAGGACUUUCAAGGCAUAAAAAAAGCAGGAAAUCCUUUGAAUAUGAGGAUGCUGUAACGGCGAAGCAAAGCAUCCUGGGAGUGGAGAAGGGGCACUCAGCCCUUUACCAUGCCUACUCUGAGGACAAUAUUUAUGAGGACAUCAUCUGCGAUGUAACCAGAGAAAACCCGUAUGAGGACGUCAGGUUAUCGCCGAUGUGUCUCCCUGUUGGUAGGCCUCACGCUCCAAAGCUCCCACCUAAGCCCCAGGUUUUACAAGGCUACACAAGCAAAGCAGAGAAGGACUCCCGCACUUUCAUUUCAUCCAAAUCCUUAACCUCUGCAAAUACUCCAAAGCCAACUACAUUUUGGCACGUGAACACUCAGAAAGUACAGCCUCGGUUCGUCAACAAGAUUGAGACAAUCUUCGAUGACAAGAGAGGGAGGAAGCGAGUGAGGGGCCAAGGAGUCUCCAUGCGAGAGGAGACCAGUGGGACGGAGAGCGACCCCGAGGACGCUAAAGCACGCUCCAGGCGAUCGGUUUACAUCCAUUCCUCACUGAAGCGUCGGCCGGGCUACAAAACCCUUGAGAAGGAUCUGAUCCAGCUGCAGCAGCAGCAGCUUUUCCAGAUGUUUGUGGUCGUGUCGCUGAAAAAAGAUGCCCAAGGAAACGCGUACUCUCCUGAAAUCACACAACAGUUCCCCAAAUGGUCAGAAUUUGACAGCACGUCUCGGCUCUCCAGAGAGGCUGAGGAUCAGCUGAAAGUCAUUCCCAAAUUCUGCUUUCCUGACUGUGAGGAUUGGAAGCCCUCUGCACAUGUCCCAAGCGAGACCUUCUCCUUUGUUCUGACGGGGGAAGACGGCAGCCGCUGGUUUUGUUACUGUCGUAAGAUCCUGCCUAGUGGCAAAGGGAAGCAGCUUCCAGAGGUGCAUUGUGUUGUCAGCAAGCUGGGCUGUUUCAACCUGUUUGCAAAGAUUUUGGAGGAGGUAGAGAGGCGCAGGGAGAUUUCCCCAGCACUCGUUUACCCUUUUAUGCGUAGCGUGAUGGAGGCGCCAUUUCCAGCACCUGGACGCACCGUCACCGUAAAGAUCUUCCUCCCCGGCUCCGGCAAUGAGGUACUGACUCUGUGUCGUCCUGAGGACUCGAGACUGGAGCAUGUAGACUUUGACACUCUACUGCAGUGCCUCAGUGUUGGAAAUCUCCUGCAGGUGUUUGCGUCCCUUCUGCUGGAGAGGAGGGUCAUCAUGGUCGCUGACAAACUCAGUGUGCUGUCUCGGUGUGGCCAUGCUGCGCUGGCGCUGCUGUACCCGUUCACUUGGCAGCACACCUUCGUGCCCGUUUUGCCAGCCAGCAUGUUGGACAUAAGCUGCUCCCCCACGCCGUUCCUCAUCGGGGUGCUGGCUCCGUGCCUGCCGCAGCUGCUGGAGCUGCCCAUCGAGGAGGUGCUCAUAGUGGAUCUGUGUACAGACAGGCUUGUCGUUCAGCUUGGCGAUGAAGACUGCAUCCUGCCGAGUAAACUGCACGCCGCCCUGCAGCAGGUCCUGGAUGAGAGGAAGGACAUCCUGGCACAGGGGGAUGCCGACGGAGACCAGCAGGCUGAUCUGAGCUCUCUGGUGUCCGAGGCUUUCGUGCGCUUCUUCAUAGAGCUGGUGGGUCACUAUCCCCACCACAUGGUGGAGUCCUCCGGUGGGAACAGGGAGUUUCAGCGCGACAGCUUCAGGAAAUCGCAUCCCUCCCGUGGAGUUCGCCAGUUCCUGCAGCUCUUCAUGGACACCCAGAUGUUCGCCGGCUUUGUUCAGGACAAAGAGCUGCGUAAAGGAGGGGGAAAAGGUCUCUUUGAAACCCGAGUGACUGAGUAUUUGGAUUCAUGCCCGGAGCUGGAACCCAGCAGUGUGAACAAAUUUUUUAAAGGACUUGGAAGCAAGAUGAAGUUUUUACAAAUUAAAUGAAAACUGCCAGCAGACACUGAUUCAAAGCGGACACUUACUGGCCCCGCAUUGGGAAAAUAAAUGACCCAGGGCCGCAUGCCGAUGAGGACGAGGCAGGGAUGAAGUCGGCCGAAAGUAUCGGAGGACCGGUCUCGUCUCAUUCUCGUGGAUCCAUGUCCGACUGUGAGAGCAGUUUUUUUUUAAUUAUUAUUAUUAUUAAAACUGGAACCCCCUUUUUCUUUACACAGUGUCUUGUAAUUGUUUUAUGAAGGCAUGGGGACAAGGUCCUGUGUUCUUACAGAGCUACAAAAAACAAAACAAAAAAAAACAUUCCAAUUAUAGCUGUUGUCAGUACCUUUUGAAUGGUUGUAGAAACAUCUAAUUUGAAGAUGAUGAUCAUUGCUGCACAAUCUGGUCAUUAAAUGCAGCACGAAUGUUUAAUUUCAGUCAAACUGAAAAUGUGUGAUACGUGCCGGUAUAUAAAUCCUGUGGCAUUUCUUCAGCAGAAAACAUUGUGUGUUUGUUCUGUUAUCAGACCAUUUCAAAGGAUUUCAACGUCAUAAACCAAAAGAUUUAAGUGCAGAUGUGGAGAAAAGUCUUUCUGUCCUCAUUGUUCCUGUUAACUGGAGUUGGAAAUGUUUUAGUUUACAUUUUGCACAAUGUUAAAGUAGUGUACAGUAUUUUUGAAUGUUUGUUUUUUUAUUAUUGUAAUUAAAAUAUGAAAUGUUCAACAUACUUUUUAAAUAAACUGGUUCAUAAGGA